AUGAAUAUUGGAUCAAUAGCCUGUGGAUACAAUCGAUCUCUUUCUCGUGAACUUCAAGCCCACUCCAAAAUCCGCGUUGUCAUCAUUGGUGAGCCGCUUGUGGCAAACCCCCUAAACCCGUUGGGCUAUCCUUUGAGCCCUAUCUCUCCCAGUCAGUUUCUCCCGUAUGCAUUGCUGCCGAUUUGCAAUACCCCACUUAUUGAUUACAUUUUGGAGAACUUUGUUGAAAAUGGGGUGAGUGAGGUAACCAUUUUGCUUAAUCCAAAUUCAGUGAGCAAGGUGCAGGCUCACCUUUCUGGUGCACGAACCUUUCGUGGUAAGCCCUGGACAUCCAGCGAUGUAAUGAAAGUGAACGUGCUGGAGUGUAUGCGUGAUAUGCAUAAGUUGUCAGACGCCAUUAACGAGAUUCGCCAGCGAAAUGUUGUCCCACAAUCUGGAUCGUUCUUAAUUGCACCAAUUGACUGCAUAAGCAUUUUUCAUAAUAAUCUACAAGAUUACUUUCAAAAACAUCUGGAGCGUGCCAGGACUAUCGGUAAGUACGCCGCCACGCUCCUGUGUACAUCAGCUAAACAGAACCUUAACUCUACGCUCUAUAAAGUUUUAGUUCAGGGGCUCGAAAAACAGGAAAUCCAAUCGAAGGAAGAGAAUGCUUCGCCCACUUCUAUGCGAGGCUCUGUCGACAUUGAAAUCGACCACAUAAUGGGUUGUGGUCGGCUGAGGUGCCGUAGGAUGCCUUCGCACCCCAAAGGACACCAUACGAUGUUUGUUCUUGACAACAACACCGGUGUUGUUCAGUAUAUGUCUAGACUAGAGGCAAAUAGCGAAGAUGCACCUGAACCACCACUGAUCACAUUUUCUCGAAAAACUCAGCUCUCCGUUCGGAUGGACUUAAUACCGACAGGUCUCCUUUUCUGUUGUUGCGAGGCCCUCGCGCUGAUCGAUUUCCACAUUCGUGAUAUCCACAACUUCUUAAGUACGUCUUUGCUGGGACAGGCGGAAAUUUUCGGGAACGUCUUUGGCGUGCUCGAGGUACCAACCCGUCAUGCUAUUAUCGAGCCCGUGAAUAGCCUUAACACGUACAUCGAGGCCAAUCUUGAUGUGUGUGCGCGUCGUCUCUUCCCGCUCACACGGGAUACGUUGUUUGCAGAAGUGCAGGCGAAGUAUGCGGUGUCCUCCUCCUCCGAGACGGUCUAUAUGCACAACAGUGCCAAGGCCCUGGGGGCGAUUAACGGACCUAAUGUGGUCGUUGGGGAGGAUGUCGUAGUCCCGGCGUCGGUACAGCUUAUCGGUACGGUAAUCGGUGAUCAUGUGAUAUUCGGCGAGGGCUCCUCACUCACCGCUUGUGUCGUUUUCGAUGGCGCGCAAAUUGGUAAAUGCUGCAAUCUUAAGGGCUCGGUGAUCGGCUAUAAUGCGGUUAUUGGGGACGGGAUUGAGCUCGUGGGCUGCAUUAUAGGCCACUACUGUGUUUUAGAUGAGUCGGCCGACGGCAAUGAGACCUCUGUAACUAAUGCCAACACCAUUCCUAACGGUGCUAAUGCAAGUUUAUCUUUACAAAACCAGGUGGUUAUGAGCACUAAGUUAGCAUCGUCUAGUACUCAGCGUCAAGAACGGAGGAAUGUAGCAACACCCACUCUGAGGACGUCCUGUGAAAUUCUUAAUACCGGCUCUACUAAAGACAAUGGAGAUAAUAAGCAAAGGUUUGAUGGCAAGGCCAAUCAUUCGCUGAAGGGUUCGGAUGGAAUAGGCUUAACUAUUGUCGAUCGCUACAAAGACCUUAUUGUCGACACCUCCAUCCUCUUUACAGAAGAUGCUGUACCUAAAGUGUCUUCAGACGUCGAGGAGCUGUCAAUAGAUGUAGAAGAUGACGAAUUUGAGCUGUUUAGGGGCAGCGUCAGAAAGAAUGUUAAUGUAGCUCUAUACAAGCCGUCGCACAUUGAGGCCGCUGCCUACGACAUGUCUACUAUCUGCCUUUCGGAGGGUCACAGCUAUCCAGAGCUAUGCGAGAUCGUGACGGAGCUUCUGAUGGAGCAUGUUUUACACAUUCAUUCCGACCGUGGUGUAACGGCUACUCUCGAAGGGGUCCGUAGCCUUUUUGCUCAAUGGUGCCGACCAUUCUACAAUACGUUUCUUUCAAAGAAUGGCCAAAUGAACAUGGACGCUAUGGUGGCAACACUGGAGGGUUUAUCUGAGGCGAUUCGGGAUCUGAAUUGUGUUCUCCACGACUACGCACCGCAGCUCAUCGAGAUUUUGUACAACGGUUGCGACGAUGAGCUCUACUAUCAGCGUGGGUACUGCAUUGUAAGUGGCCAAGGUCUUAUCGCCUUUGAUAGCGCCAUGGUACGAAGACGACAGAACUUACAGCGAUACGCUGGUUUUGAGUCUAAAAUGACCACUUCCUCAACUGUUAAUAAGCAAUCCCAUUUGCUUUUAGUUUCGGAUGACUCAUCCGAUAACUCAUCCGAUGACUUCUCGGACGACUUUUCACGGGACAGCCGCGAGGAAGGAAAGGUGCUUAUUGCCGCGACAUGUCACAAUUUUAUUCUUGGGGUCAAGAACUUCUUGCAGAUCCCCCCAAGCGCUUCUAACAGGCCAGCGGUGCAUUCUGAGAAUCCCACUCACAAGGGUUUAAGCCGGCCUGACAAUGGCAAUCACCCCAGACUUGUCUUGAUAUCGGAUACUAGUGAAGACGAAGAUGAAAGCGAUUAA